GUCAGCCCUUGAAUAAAAACUGCAACCAACUUCCGAGGCGCUCUCAUUGCCCAGCAGGACCCCAGCCUCUGACAGGUUCGGGCCGCUCUCCUCGCCCCGUCCUCGACCAGUCCCCAGCCCAGAGCGCCGGGCCCCUCCUGCUCCGCUCGCUUGCUCUCUCGGUCCGCUCCGACACCAUGGACAGGUUCGGGUGGCGCACAAUCUUGGGACUCUGCCUCUUGCAGCUGAGCCUGGCGCAGAUCGAUUUGAAUAUAACCUGCCGGUACUCAGGUGUAUUCCAUGUGGAGAAAAAUGGUCGCUACAGCAUCUCGCGGACGGAGGCUCCUGACCUCUGCAAGGCUUUCAACUGCACCCUGCCCACUAUGGCCCAGAUGGAGGAAGCCCUGAAAGUGGGGUUUGAGACUUGCAGGUACGGGUUCAUAGAAGGGCACGUUGUGAUCCCCCGGAUCCACCCUAACUCCAUCUGUGCUGCAAACAACACAGGGGUGUACAUCCUCACCUCCAACACCUCCCAGUACGACACGUACUGCUACAAUGCUUCAGCACCGCAGGGAGAAGAUUGUACAUCAGUCACAGAUCUGCCCAAUGCAUUUGAUGGACCAAUUACCAUAACUAUCGUUAACCGUGAUGGCACCCGCUACACCAAGAAAGGUGAAUACAGAACUAAUCCUGAGGACAUUGCCAACAACAGUACUGAUGAGGAUUUCAGCAGUGGGUUCCCCAGUGAAAGAAGCACUUCGGCAGGUUACACCAUCUUCCACACCCUCCUUCCAACUGAACACUCGACCCAAGACCGAGACUAUCCCUGGGUGUCGAAAUACCCAGAGGAUACUGCUGCUACCAGUAUGGAUUCAAAUAUCUCAGCAGGCUGGGAGCCAAUUGAAGAAAAUGAAGACGAAAGAGACAAACACCCCAGUCAUUCUGGAUCAGGCAUUGAUGAUGAUGAAGAUUUUAUCUCCAGUACCAUUUCAACCACACCACGGGUUUCUGACAUCCCAUCACAGAACCAGGAUUGGAACCAGUGGAGCCCAGGCUUUUUUACUCCAGAAGUAUUACUUCAGACAACCACAAGGAUGACUGAUGUGGACAGAAGUGGCACCAGUGAUUAUGGAGAAAACUGGACCCAGGAACCACAGCCUCCUCUCAUUCAGCAGGAGCAUCAUGAUGAAGAGGAAACCCAGCAUUCUACACGCACAACUCUGGCAACCCCUAGUAGUGCAACAGAAGAAACAUCUGCCCAGGAAGAGCAGUGGUUUACAAAUGGAUGGCGUGGAGAAUAUCUCCAAACGCCCAAAGAAGACUCUUAUUCAACAGCAGGGACAGAUGCCUCAGCUCAUGACAGCCAUACAAAUCAAGAAAUGACAACGCAGAGUCAAGAGGACAGCUCCUGGCCUUAUUUCUUGGACCCUAUCUCACAUCCAAUGGGACGAGGUCAUCAAACAGAAAGAAGAAUGGAUAUGGACUCCAGACAUAGUACAACACUUCAGCCUCCUGCAGAUCCAAACACAGGUUUGGUAGAAGACUUGGACAGGACAGAAUCUCUUUCAAUGACAACCCAGCAGAGUCAUACUCAGAGCUUCUCUACAUCACAUGGAGUCUUGGAAGAAGAUAAAGACCAGCCAAUAACUUCUACUCCAACAUCUAGCACUAGGAAUGAUGGCAGAGGUGGAAGAAGAGUUGGAAAUCUUCCUGAAGACUCAGCUACCUCAGUGGAAGGUUAUCCUACUCAUUCCCCAGACACAAAGGAAUUCACAACCCUACUCCCAGUGACCCCUGCUAACACAGGGGCCCCUACAGUUAAUGAAGUUACUGCUGUUGGAGACUCCAACGUUCAGGUUGAUCUGUCCUUGUCAGAAGAUCAAGACUCAUCCACUGACUACAAUGGGAGGCACACCACUCACAGAUCUGAAUCAGAUGGACACUCCAGUGGGAGCCAAGAAGGUAGAGGCAACACAGCCUCUGGUCCUAUAAGGAAACCUCAAAUUCCAGAAUGGCUGAUCAUCUUGGCAUCCCUCUUGGCCCUGGCUUUGAUUCUUGCAGUUUGCAUCGCGGUCAACAGUCGAAGAAGGUGUGGGCAGAAGAAAAAGCUGGUGAUCAACAAUGGGAAUGGAGCUGUGGAGGACAGAAAGCCAAGUGGACUUAACGGGGAGGCCAGCAAGUCUCAGGAGAUGGUGCAUUUGGUGAACAAAGAGUCGUCAGAGACCACAGACCAGUUUACAACGACCAAUGAGACGCAGACCUUGCAGAAUGAGGAUGUGAAGAUUGGGGCGUAAUACCUACACCAUGACCUGGGAUAGAGAUCACACAUAACCUUUACAGGGAGCUGGGACACUCACAGAUGCAAUGUGCUACUGAAUAUUUCAUUGGGGUUCUUUUUUUUUUUUUUAGCAUAAAAUUUUCUACUCCUUUUUGUUUAUUGUGCUUUGUUUUUUGAAGUCAAUCCAAUUUAUAAAAACAGCAUUGCUUUCUGAAAUGAGGGCCCAAUUAACAAUCAGCAAGAAUUUGACUGUUUCAGUUCCCACCUCGAAGCUUCUCACUCCCUGGGGUGUGCUAUGGAUGGCUUCUAACAAAAGCCAGAAAUAUGUUUUUCCCAUCCCCAACCAUCCCUCCACCCCAUCUCCCAGGUGACAGCCACAUGCUAAGGAUAUCCCCGGAGAUAAGAGGGACUGGUUCCUGGGGGGACAUCUGAAUGGGUCCAUAUUGCCUCUCCAGGGGCCCAAUCCCUAGGCCCUGCUUUCCAGUGGAGUAGGGGAUCGGGGUGUACUGGUUACACGUGCCCUUCUACGGACCCCCUGGAAAUUUCUCAUUUGCUUCAGAGAAUGCCCAAAGGGUGAAGCUAUUUAUCUGUAGUAAGCUAUUUAUCUGUGUUUUUUGAAAUAUUAAACCCUGGAGGUCCUUUGAUUAGUAUGAUUCUUUUUGUUUCUUUGUCAGAGGCAUAAAGGGUUUUAAGCUGAUUCAUAAUAAACAUCUGUACUUCUUCCACUUUUACCCUUGGUGCUGUGAUCCUUCAGUUUCUUAACCAGCCAGGUCCGGGCCUGCACAGCUCAUCGCAAACCUGUGAGAAGGUCUCCUUGAAACACUUCAUCUCAGAGCAGAGUCCCGGCUCAGGCUCCCUCAGCCAAUCUCACAGAAGAUCAGGGACGACAGCACUGUUUUAUUUCUGAGGACUCAAAGGCUUUCUGUUUUGUCCUAGAACCAGAACUGGGAGAGCAGGAGCUUCAGCAGCUUUGAUGUUUUAAUGGCCACCCAUGUGCUCCCCUGAAAGACUGUGAGAAGUCACAUUACAUCUGCGUGACUUACCGUGGCUGUGGCCCAUUUCAUGGACACUGACCCUAUUAGUGAUGUCCAAAAAACAAUAUGGAAGUGCCUUUUGACCUCUUGAAAUCAAAGGAGAAAUAGUGGGAAUGAAAGAGAGCAUAGACAGUAGCCAGCUGAUUGGCACAGAUUAGGGAAGUCGGGGGAGGGAACUGUGUAGAUGUCGCUUGAGUAUUUUUAUGGCUUGGUUUGUUUAUACUUUAACAUUCCAGUUGUCUGUCCCCAAUGAAGUUGCUAUUCAGAAAGUUAAGUGCCUGGAGAAUCUCUCAAAAGUUUACAAGGUUUCCCACCAUUGGAAUCCUAUCACCAGAUACUAGGUUUAAUAAGAGAUUAAUGACUUUAUCCUUUGCAUGGCAAGUCCUCUGUGGUCUUUAUUCCUAAAAUCAGAAGGCCCCAUUUAUCCUGGAACUUCCAAAGUCUACUUGCAGUAGAAGAGAUUGGAGCUAUAGAGUAAGGGCUCCUAUAAAAUGGGACCUCAUUCCUUAGACCCCCAUACAAAGUUAUCUGUUGCUUAAACUAACAUGCCCAACUAGAAAAAUUUCUCAAACAAAAGAAAAAGAACCGGAAGGAAGAGGAGGAGGAGGAAGAGGAGAAGGAAGAGGAAAGGGAGGAGAAGGAAGAAGAGGAAGAUGAAGAAAAAGGGGAGAAUAGAAAGGAGGAGGAGGACGAAGAGGAAAGGGAGGAGAAAGGGGAAGAGAAGAGAAAGGAGAGGAGAAGGGAAAGGGGAGGAAAGGAGGAGGAAGAGGAAAAGAGGAGGUAGGGGAGGAGAUGGAGGAGGUAGGGGAGGAGAAAAAGGACAAAGCUCCUACAUAAAUUAGGGCUGGGCUUACACAAAGAGCUGAUUCUGAAGAUGCUUAAAAGAGAGACGCCCACUUUCUGCAUUCAUUUCCAACCUCUCCCAUCCACGUUCACAUCCCCUCCCUGCCAUGAUCUUUGAAAACCCCUUUCUCUUCUUCCAUCUGGUUUUCAUUUUAUUUUCAAGUUGAAAGAAAAGAAAGUGGACAUGUGGUCUCUCUGUUGUUACUGCCAUUAGUGUCUAAAUGCCUUCUGCUUCCAAGGCCUUUCCUGGCUCUUUCACCUGAAUGCCACAAGCCACUGUAGGAUCAGGUUAAAAAGGGCUACUGCAGGCCUCCACCUGUCCCCAGAUUCUCUUUAGGGCUGUAGAUAGUCAUAUAAGUCAUAUCUAGGGAUGGUUUUCCACCCCUUCUAGACAUUCCCAACAAAUAGGCUGAGAGAGGAGCCUUUUAUUCAAAUUUAUUUGGGAAUUAAAUAUGAUCUUUCCUUUUAUUACUGUUGUAUCCCCCCAUUUGGAUAUGCCUCCGUGUUCUUGAAUGGGACUGGGGGAACUCUAGAGCUUCCAUCCCGUGGAGGCACUCCACCUGCAGUAUUGUCUGAAGUUCAUGGACCAGGAUGCACUCUCCCCCCCUUGACAUAAUGGUGUAACUCUGGACGCACAGCUUGACUACACAUCAUUCCAACCAGCAACUUGCCAGGUGACCUUAGCUAAGUCAUUAAACUGGGUCUUGUUUGUAUUAGUAAGGGGCCAGCAUUUCAUUAUUUUGCAAAGCUUAAGAGAGCAGAGAUGAGAGCUCUCCAAAGCUAAGAGCUUAAAAUGUAACCUGUCUUACAGUCAUAAAUCCUUCAUGUCUCCUGAGGGCUUCCAUUUAAUUGGCAUUGGGUGUAAAACAUAAGAGGACAAAAGACACCUUCCUAUCUAUAUCCUUCAGAUUUUAGCCUGCAGAAUAGAUUUUGCCAGCAAAGCCUCUCAAAAAGUUUUACAUAGAGACCACAACACCAAGGGUCAGUUUCGUAGCUAAUGUUGAUUCAAUUCUGGUACAGUAGGAGUAGGAGAAAGGAAACCUCCCACUUCAAUAAAAGAGUAAAAUGUACUUAAGAACAAAAAUAACGUGAUUCAUUCACCUUUAUAUCAUCAUUAUGCCUUUUGUAAAUCACUUCGAGUGUUCAAAGAAGAGUUUGUUGUUCGCACGUGUAUGAUGACCAUUGUUACUUUGAUUUUUCACAGCAUGCCCUCCCUCUGAUUUUUGUGUAUUUACUGAUGGGCCAGUAAUAAUAAGGAAAGCAAAAUAUGUAUAUUGCCCAGUAAAGCACUUAUUGGAAAAUAUUAAAAGGUUACUAUUGGAAAGUUAAAGAAAA